AUGUCUCAACCAACCUCAAUCAGUGGUGCUGAUACCCAAGCACAAUCAUCUCCUGAACCAAUCUCUCUUGGAUCACCUAUUUCCAUUCAAGCUGCUUCAUCCAUGGGCGAUUGGGACACGGCGUCUAUCUCGCAAUUGCUUGAAGAGCCAAUGGAUCUGGACUUCGGCAUGGACCAAGCUUUGAGUGCCAACAGCGUGUUGUCGUCAAACAUUAGCUUUCAUGACACAAGCAAUACACCUACCACUCCUGAAACAAGCGUACAAGCCAACAGCCAAUUACCUACCGGGACCAUUCAUAGCAUUCACGCAAGCUCUGAAACGUUGCUUGACAACGCCAUCACCCAAUACAAACAACAAUUGGACGAAUUGAUCAAGACGUAUACACGUGCCAUGGCUGCUGGAAACCGUAAUCAUCUCAAAAGACUGUUCUCGGAGAUACACCAAACCAAGCACUUACUUAAGUCAUUCCGUAAGCUUAAGGAAGAAGAAUACGGGAACCAUGAGCCAAAGAACAAGCCUACCAUCACCCAGGCGAAGCUGUCUGUAAGAGACAUUCCUCCGUUUCAGCUUAAGGAUCUCAUGUGUGGUCCAGACAAGGAGGUGUUUGAAUCAGCUGUGCAUUUCCUUUCAAGUUUCCAAAAAGUCCUCAACACAGGCAGCGUAAACAAGGAUCUCGAGUGGCAAAAGUGGCUACAUGUCGUAUUGCAUCAAGACCACGAUGAAUGGUUUGAAUCCGAAUUGGCCGACAAAGGAUAUACAUGGGAGCAGGCGAAAGUUGUAUUCAAGAAGCGUUUCCAAUCGAUGGAUUAA